GCGCUGGGCCAUCAGGGGAGUAACUAACUCACGACCCCGCCGAACCAGGAUUAAGGAGGCCUGGAGUCUGCGGAUAGGAAAGGGUGAACCAGAGAAGGGCGGGGCCCUGUUAUAGUUCUCGGCGGGGCUUGAGUGCAGCCGCGCUCUGACAGACCAAUCCGCGAGCUCGUACCAGCUGCAGAUUCUUGUCUCGGCUGCGAAGGUCGCAACGUCUCUAUAGGUCGCCGCAGGCCGUCUUCCGGUAGGGUGGGCGUGUCGGGGGCGGGUCACCGCGUCGUGGCGGGAAAGCCGUGGCCCAGGCUGGACCUCUGAGACACGGAGGGACGGAAACGGAUCUGAUGUGUGAUCUCUUCACCAUGGACGCCGCCGAGGUGGAGUUUUUGGCCGAGAAGGAACUGGUGACCAUUAUCCCGAACUUCAGCCUGGACAAAAUCUACCUGAUCGGGGGGGACCUGGGGCCCUUCAACCCCGGCUUACCCGUGGAAGUGCCCCUGUGGCUGGCCAUUAACCUGAAACAGAGACAGAAGUGCCGUCUGCUACCUCCAGAGUGGAUGGAUGUAGAGAAAUUGGAGCAGAUGCGAGAUCAGGAGCGGAAGGAGGAGACAUUCACCCCAGUGCCCAGCCCGCACUACAUGGAGAUCACCAAGCUCCUGCUCAAUCAUGCUUCCGACAACAUUCCCAAGGCAGACACCAUCCGGACACUGAUCAAAGAUCUGUGGGACACACGCAUGGCCAAGCUCCGGGUGUCUGCUGACAGCUUUGUGCGACAGCAGGAGGCACACGCCAAGCUGGAUAACCUGACCCUGAUGGAGAUCAACAGCAGUGGGGCCUUCCUCACCCAGGCACUUAAUCACAUGUACAAACUCCGCACAAACCUCCAGCCCUCCGAGAGUACACAGUCUUAGGACUUCUAGCUCGACUGAAGAGGCUCUGGAGAGAUGGGUGUGGACACGGGUGGAGGAACUCGGCUUGCCUAAAGCUCAGCUUCCAUCGCUGUAGAAGCCACCAGCUUCCCCGUCUGUGGCCCAGGACUUCUGGAAUGAGCACGGACUCCUGCGCAUGCCAUGCACAGCAAGUGUUCAGUUAAGUUCAGCGUCUUCAAGUUUGACCUGUGAGAGCUGUGUAGUUGAGAACUGGGGGGAGGGCUGGGUGGUGGCACUAAUAUAAAAAGGUUUUCCUCUUAACAUGAUUUAGGAAGAUUUUAUUUUUGGGAUGUUGUCAGAAAUUACAGCAAUAUAUUCAUAAAUACCUAAUUACUACAUUCAA